UUCCCAGCCACACGGGUUGACGUGUGAAUAAUGCAGUAUCGAUACGAAGAUGCGCAGCCUUUUUGUUAUAGCGUUCCAGGCAGGAUGAGUGGAGUACAACGCCAUGUAUAUCAAGCAGGCUGCUUCUCUCGAUUGAAGAGACUCAUCAUCACAAGCAACCAGACAGAAACAAAGACAUCUUUCGUCCAUCUCGACAACAAAGUCUUCUGUAUUGCUUUCAUCACAUAAUUCGACUCCAAGAUGAGAACAUCACUGGCUCUCCUGGCUCUGGCAGCCACAGCCUUUGCCAUUCCCCAAGCAGUCACAGAAGAUAUUGCACCCAAAGGUAAAGCCCCGAAGGGUUGCACCACCUCAUAUGAUGGCCAAUUUGAAGUCACAAUCUUCAAGCCUGGAAACGAAAAGCGGGAUGUCACUGAGCGAUCAUGUAAUGGUGAAGGCGUUCUCGUCCUGAACCUCAAAGACGGUGUUCUCAAGGACGCUCAAGGUCGAACAGGCUACAUCUCGGACAGCUACCAGUUCCAAUUCGACAAGCCCGCACAGGCUGGCGCAAUCUACACAUCCGGUUUCUCAGUCUGCUCCAACGGAACUCUUGCCUUUGGACCCUCCGCAAUCUUCUGGCAAUGUCAAUCCGGCGAUUUCUACAACCUCUAUGACCGCAACUGGGCUGAGCAAUGUGAGCCUGUUGAGUUCGGCGUUAUGCCCUGUGGCAAGAGUAAGAAUGCAAAGUCCGCCCCUAAGAAGAGAAUUGUGGGAAGCAGCGUUGUCGCGACGACUGUUGUAACUGUUGUUUCUGAUGGCACGACGAGGGAGGUUCCUACAACUAUCGCUGUUCCCAUGUGCCAGAUUGGCGAUGGACAGGUUCAGGUUCGCACGACGCCAUGCGAUGAUAUGGAGAUCCCUAUCAUUACUGCUCCUCCUGUCAGUCAAGUCUCGGAUGGCAAGCUUCAGGUUCCUACUACAGCUCCACCUGCGCCUCCCGCAGUUCAGAAACCUGCCAAGCCUGCGGAUGACACACCUGCUGAGGGUACUGGCGGCGAUGCCGGGGAUAAGCCCAAGCCUGCUGGUGACUCGAAGCCUGGCGCUUCUCCUUCUGGAAACGAUGCUCCUGAUAACACGGGAGCCGCACAGGCUGAGAAGCCAGCUGGAGAUGAGCCUUCUGCCACUGGUGCCCGACGUGCUGGCAAGUCGAAAGCCACUGAAACCGACGAUGAAGUGCUGGCCACUGACUCUGGUACCCCCUCAGACACCGAGACCGAGGCGACUGGCUCAUCUCGAAGCACACGUGCCGUCAAGCCCUUCAAGCCUCAGACGACGGAGAGUAAUGACUCUGAGGAGACUGGAAGCAGCUCCAGUUCCGGCUCAGAUGACGCCGCGUCUACGGGUGCGGCUCAGUCUGAUGCUUUCAAGAUUGCCGCGAGCUUGGGUAUGGUGCUUGUAUCGGGUCUGUUUGGAUCUCUGUUGAUUCUGUAAAUGAUGAUGGGGCUGGGAUUAUUGAUUGAGGUUAUGAUUGUAUAUGUUUUCUCGCAUAAAUGUGGUGUUCUGGUUUUCUCAUGUCGGAGGUAUUGGGUGAGUAAUAUUUAGAUAUCUCUUUACGAACAGUCAAUGGCACAAUAGACAUGGAAUCACAAAGCUAAACGUACUCAACGCUGACGUUCAAUUGCCUCU